AGUACCACCUCCGCAUAAUUCGAUCCCCACGGGGACAUUGUCAUGGUAAAUGUCGGUCGAACGGUUUUCAGGAACCGCGCUGUUGGGCCCCUUCUCCACAAGCGCCCCCAAACCCCAGGAAAACUGUGUUCGUCAUGAUCCUGGGGUAAAGUCUGUUCGUGCGGUUGCUUGAUGAUUUCGAAUCAUGUAUUAAAAGUCACCGACAACCCUCACCUUUGUUUGCUGUAACCCACACCAGCACCGGCCUCUGAACACGGUUUGAAUCAACACUCUCUUUUCGCUCUCUAAGUCACCAUCUAUGAGACAAUAAUACUGCGUCAUGGCGAAUUACGACGACGGCUAUCCAGCCGAGAAGGUUGACUCCCAACAUGAUGCCAAGCACCUCGAAGUCAGUGCCGACUCUCAACUGGCACUUGCUGCCGACUUUGAAGACCAUGAGAUGGGCAUCUGGAAGUCAUUCGCCCGUUACCCAUGGGCAUGUGCUUGGUGUGUUUACGCCUGCUGGACUAUCAUCCUACUCAGCUUCGACGUUCAGGCCGCAGGUGCGGUCGUGGGAAUUCCCGAAUUUCGCAAGGACUUUGGUUACGAGUUCAACGGAGACUAUGUCCUUCCAGCUAUCUGGCAGUCUGCCUUUAGCGGUGCACCUAUUGCCACUGCCGUGAUUUCUUCGAUCGCCUCCGCCGAGCUCGCCGAUUAUAUUGGCCGAAAGAAAGUCCUGGCCCUGGCUCUCAUCAUCUCCUUUGUUGCUGUUGCUAUUGAGUUCAUCGCAACGACAAAUCCGGUCUUCUUUGCCGGAAAGCUUCUCAAUGGUUUCAUGGUUGGUGCUGUUGGCACCAUCAUGGUAAGCUAUAUUGGAGAAAUUACGCCGCUAGCUCUCCGCGGUAUCUUCACUUGCGGAGUCGGUGUUGCCUACGGAAUUGGGCCUCUCGUUGCUUUCAUUGUCAUCAACUACACUGGCACCGUCGAGUCUCGCUGGGCCUACCGUACCGUUUUCUGCUGCCAAUUCGGCUUUGCUGGAGUUUCAGCAAUUCUUUGGCCGUUCAUGCCUGAGUCUCCAUGGUGGCUAGUAUCCAAGGGGAAGAAGGACGAAGCGCUCAAGAGUCUUGGAAGACUUGGACACUCUGGUAAUGAGGGCAGAGCGAAACUCGCUCUUAUUGAGCGUACAUUGGAUGAAGCGAAAGCCGAAACAGACGGCGUCACCUACCUGGAAUGCUUUAAGAAGUCAAACUUGAGGAGAACCAUCAUCAGCAUUAUGCCUCUGUGCAUCCAGAGUUUCAGCGGAAUCGCCUUUGUGGCCAGCUACUUCACUUACUAUCUCCAGCUCGCCGGUUACUCCACUUCAAUGAGUUACCAACUUCAGAUUGCCCAACCCGUUCUAUCCAUUGUCGGCAACUUGAUGGCCGCCGCUGUAAUUGACAAAGUCGGCCGAAGAAAUCUCACGUUCUACGGUUUGGCCAUUCUCACAGUCUUUCUCUUGAUCACAGGCGGAUUGGGAACGGGCACCAGCCAGCCCAUGAUCAAAGGGACCGUCGCGUUCAUCCUCAUCUACAGCUGGUGGUACAACGUCUCCAUCGGAUCAACCGCCUUUUCUCUGCUUGCCGAAGUGUCGACUUCUCGUCUGAGAGCCAAGACCGUCGCCAUCGGAUAUGCAUCGCAAAACUCCAUCAAUGUUAUGUGGCAGUUCGUCAUCCCGUAUAUGUUCAACCCGGACAAGGCCAACCUUGGCGCCAAAAUUGCUUUCAUCUUCGGUGGCUUAUGUCUCUUUUCCCUGGCAUAUCUUUGGCUCUUCCAGCCUGAGACUGGCGGUCGCUCCUACGAAGAGCUUGACGAGAUGUUUGCAAAGGGCGUUCCGGCGAGGAAGUUCAAGUCGUACAAGACGACUGUGCAGUUGCGCAAUGAGACUGCUGCACAAGAUGAAAACCAUUGAUGUCAAGAAACAUGAUACCUCACGGUAGUCAGAGCUGGAAACCAUUUCGACAACUGAGUUGAUGCUACUUCUGAAGAAGUAUUAGUUAAAAAGCUGUAAAUUAAUUCGAGUA